AUGUUUACCUGGAGGACGUUGGCUGCUGGACUUGUCUACUGCUGCCUCAGGAUGUGUCUCAUACAAUGCCAGAGUAGAGUCCUUUUUCCAGCUGCAAGCAGAAUAAGAAGAGGAUUGACCACAGAAGUGAAUCCGACCUUUCACAACUCCAUUAGUGACGCCCACCUGCUGUUCGAGAUCCUGAUGACAGGGAUACGCUUCGAGCCCAGCGGGGGGUUUUCAGUGGAAGACCCCGAACUGUCUUCACUCCGAAAGACAAGGAGCCUGGACAUUAUCUGCGAGGAGAUCAUUCCUAAGCAGCAGACAGACGUGCUCAGGCUCGUGUCCGACCUGUCCAAUCACACCAGCCGCUUGGGUCAGGAGGAUUUUGAGCGCACGAUGCUGACGUUGGUGUACGCCAGCCAGCAGAUGAUCGGCCCCACCGCUGAACACCAAAAGGAGCUCUGGGCGCAGUCGUUUGUUGGAUUGUACAAAGCCAUCAAAAAGGAUCUGACACUGACAGACUGA